UGGAGAGCCAUUAACUGAAUGAAACAUUCGCAUGCGUUUUUAGUGGCUAGGUGAGGUAGCCUAUCGAGUGACAGUGACGGUAAUGAGAUAUAAUCUCUUUGGGGAAAAAGGCAUCUUGGCUAUUCUCUAUCCGAGUCCGACUGGAUUGCUAGGAAAUAACAUUUACCGUCGCACGGUGGUUUGAUAGAAUUCUUUUAUGUAUCCUUAAAAAAUGUCUGUGAUUUUCUUUCAUCACGCUGACCAAUUAAUGCAAUCGAUAUCAAGCUAACCAACAUCAUUGGCAUCACUAGGACGGCCGGAUACUAUUCCACAUCUCCAGUGGAACGAGUUACACUGCAAGAACUGGGCUAAUCUGAAGCGGCUCUCCUGCUGGGAUGUCCAAAACCCAGAGGUCGGCGUCCAGGUCUCGCUCCCGCUCAGCGUGCCGCUCCAGGUCGCACUCAUACUCCCGCUCUCGCAGCCGCUCCCCGUCACGACCCAGGAAGCGGCGUUACAGCUCUAGGUCUCCCUCGCGCUCCAGAUCCCAUUCUCCGGCUCACAACCGGGAGAGGAAUUACACCCGGGAGUACCAGAACAACCGGGAGUUUCGGGGCUUCCGAGGCUCUCGACGGCCCUACUUUCGCGGUCGAGGACGGGGCUACUUCCCCCGCGGCCGCUUCCAGAGAGGAGGCCGGGGCGGCAACUUCAAUAACUACCGCAACAACAACAACUGGCAGAACUACCGGCAGCAUCCCCAGCAGCAGCAGCAGCAGCAGCAGCAACAUCAGCAGCAGCACAACAACUGCAACAGCCACAGUCCCAAGAGGGGGCGCUGUCGCUCCCCAAAGAAGCGCUCCGGCAGCCCGCCCUCACGCAGCUACUCCGAUGACUCGUCCCGCCGCUCACGACACUCCUCCUCCUCCUCCUCGUCCGGGGCCUCCUCUUCCAAAAAGAGAUCCGGCUCCCACGGCCACAAGAGGAGGCGCAGCAGGAGUGUGAAGGAGGACGCUGCAGCCACUGCCGCCUCCUCCUCCUCCAAGGAGACCCGGAAGGGAGCCGCCGAUGGGGAGCAGGGAGUGGAGAACGCGGGAGGGCCGUCCACUGAGGCGGAGGUCGGGCCAGGGUCUGAUUUGGGGGCAGGUGCAGGGGCAGGGGCAGGGGCAGGGGCAGAGGCAAGGGAGGAGGUGGGUUCUGGAGGCUGGCAGGCUGUGACAGAGACGAGUGACGCAGGUGGCCAGGGCUCGUCGCUGCCUGCCAGCCAGAAAAGCCCCUCUCCCAAAGGUUCUAAUGCCACCAGCAAUGGCACCCCCCUCUGGCAGGGCACUGACGGUGCAGCCCCCAUAAAAAGUCCCCCUAAGAAAAGCCCCACGCCUGCCUCCACCGGAUUUGGCUUCUUGUCAAAAGACAGCAGAGGAGAUGACCAAUCCAUCUCCAGUGCAUUUAGAAAGUUCCUUGAGGAACAGAAGAGCAAACAGCUCAGUGAGUUUGAGAAUGGCAAGGAAGACAAUACAGUCGAGGAGAACACUGACAGGAAAGAGAAGGGCAGUGGCAAGGCCACGGUUCAUGUCUUUGAGAAAGGGCCCAACUUUAGCUCCAAGUUCUCGAGCCACAAUGGUAAAGCAGCCAAAGAAAGGUACUCCUUUGAGGACUUCACCAUUAAAGCCUCCUGCAACAACUACUCCAGGGGCCCUGCCUUUCAUGGGCAUAAGGAGAAUGGAGAGGAGCAUGAUGAUGAUAUUGAUGAUGAUUAUGAUGAUGAUGAAAACGAGGAGGUGUUGAAAUCCCAACAUCAGAUGACAGAGGCGGAUGUCGAGGCGCCGAAGCGCAAAGGCAAGGCAGCGUUGUCGGCUCGUGAGCUCUUCGAACUGGCCUUCUUCCACGCCUCGCAGGACGCUGGUGACCUGGAGCUGCUUGAACAGCAGCUGUUCCCCAACCGCAAGCAGGAGCGGGCAGCCGCCGUGGCCGCCGCGCUGGUCCGCAGGGAGAUGGCAGGGAGGCUGCAGGGAGGAGCGCUCUCCCCAGAGAAAGGCCCUAAGGCCCGGAGCAAGGACAAGGCCCCCUCCACUGUCACGGCCCCUGUCCAGACCCAGGCCCAGUCUCGGAGGCCAGCGGAGAGCUGGGGCUUGGACACACUAAUGGGUAUGAGGGAGAAGUCCCCGUCCAGGGUGAUUGGGAAAAGGGGAAUAGAUGUGAGUGUGCGAAUGGACUCUCUCGACGACAACAUGUCAAGCUCCAACAAUGUUGUUGAGAGUGAGAGGCGUCUGGGUCGGGCCCAGCCUCAGCCUGCUAGAAAGGAGCCGGAGGUCCACUCUGCGGCCAAGCGCUCUCAGGCAGGCCACAUCUGCCGCUGCUCCACCGAUCUCUUCUCCCAGCACAUCGUCACCAUCAUCCACAACGUCAAAGCACAACACUUCUCCUGCUCUGGGAUGACUCUGACAGACAGAUUCGCCAUGUACCAGAGAAGAGCUGCAGAGAAGGAGAUAAUGAAGGCACGCAAAAGCCCAGAAAUACACAGGAGAAUUGAUGUUUCUCCCAGUGCUUUUAAGAAGCACGCUCACCUGUUUGAGGAGAUGAAAGACCUCGGGGAGAGCAGCUACAAGGCCAAAGGCAAAAAAGCCAAAGGCGACUCAAUGGAUCUGCGACAGGACAUAGAGCGCCGGAAAAAAUACUCCAGUCGCGAGACUGAGAACAAACAUGAGCAAGGGAGAGACUCAGGAGAGUCCUCAGACUCAAGCCGAGAGAGAUCCACAGAGAAGACAUCCAAGCAUCGCAGCAAACACAAGAAAAGCAAGAAGAAGCGUGAACGUUCUCAUUCUUCAUCGUCCUCCUCGUCCUCCUCGUCCUCCUCUCAUUCCAACCGGGCGAAAGACUACCCUAAUGAGGGUGCAGGCCCCAAGGACAGAGGCUUCAACAAGGCCCGUCUGGGGCCCCGAGAUCACGGGGGCCCCAAGGAGAGAGGACGGGGCCGUGGAGGCUUUCAGCUGAGAAUCAGAGGAAGGAGUUGGAACAGGGGAAAUUUCCAGAACAAUAGUAAUGGAAGUGGCGAUGGCAUGGGCGCGCCGUUGCACAGACAGAAUGAGGAGAGGGAUCCAGAGCACACCCCCAAGAGCCGGACCUACUACCUGCUGUCUCUCUUCCAGCACGACGACAGGCAGGGAGACAGGGACAAGAGGUGGAUGGAGAACCGUGGGCGCGGCCGGGGCAGUUUCGUCCGCAGCGGAGGCCGCUUCCUGUUCCGUAAGGCUGCCCCCUCCUCUGUGGCAACCACCACCUGCACCACCUCCACCAGCAACGGCAACACCAACGCCACCAAUCACGCCAGCCCCAAGUGGACGCACGACAAGUUCCAGGGCAGCGCGGAGGAGGGCGAGGUGCAGGAUGACGACACAGACCAGGAGCGCAAAGAGGACGCCAAUGCCGGAGUGUCGGUCAGCUCUGGCCAGUGAGAAGUUAAGGGCUGGAUUGGGAUGGUGACCACCACCCCGUGAACUUUGACCUGGAAGCAAAUCAUCAAAUCACCAAUCAUGCUUGUAUUUGCUGAAGUAGUAGAGGAAGUGCUUGUUAGGGCACAGAGACAGCUUUGCUUGUGCAACUCUCACUGUAGAUGAACAAACACUUGUCAACAGAUGCAUCAAUGCCAAUGAUUCAGUCAUAACAGGAGAGGUGCAAGACUGUUCUUUCAGAGGCCGUCAACAGGGUGGACCUACUCCAAGAUCGGUUAUGUGGUAUCCUCUGUCCAGUUGAGUCAGCUUUAAGUAAUACAUUGUCUCUAAGACACUGAAUAGCUGUAUUCCAAAGUCCAGUGAAAUUUGCUGAACUAGUCAGUUUGGAAAAGUUUUUAUUGUGUAUCACAUGUUUUGUUGGUAUUGUUGGAAGACCAGUGGAGAUAUCAUGAUUCAUAACUUUUCUCUUCAUUUAUAUAUCACUUGUUUUACCAAGCACAAAACUGAGACAAUAGGGUUGUGCCUCAGAUAAUAGAUCUUUAGUAUAUCAGUUGUUAGCAGAAUGAAAGGACAAUAUAUAUACAUUAGAUUUAUACUAUACUAAAUUUACUGUAGUGAAAAAAUCAUGAACUUUUGCUGAAUUAAAUGAUAUAUUAUAACAUAUAUGAGCUACCUUGCAAUUACACUGAAAGGUACAGCAGUCUAGAGGGAUUGACACAGAUAUCCAAACAUGCUUAGAACUGUUAAAUAUCACAGUGAAUGACAGUACAUGAAGUCCUAACAAAAUAAAAAGUUGAGCAAAUCACGCUGGAAGUCAUGCAGGCUUUGAAGGUACAGAGAGAAAGCUGCUUAAAGUUUUUGUGAAAGAGGCUAAGAUAGGAUCUAAGCAUCGUGGCGUUCAGAGUGCUUGGGCCUCUUGUUGAGAAUGGGACCAAAUGAACAGAGGUCUAACCAGAGUUAACAAGUUGAGUACUAACUGUCUGCUGCAAAUGGCAGUUUCUUUCUUUUUUUAAAAAAAAUAUUGUAUUAUUUCUUGUUAGGGGCUAUCGAGUCAUUUUAAUGUGUAUGUCAGUUUCCUGUGCAGAUGAUUAUGUUCUUCUUUUGCAACGUGUUGUGUGUACGCUGGUAACCCUGUGGUGAAAACUUCCUAAUAUACAGUAAUGUUUGGAGUACAAUGUGCCUUGGUCAUUUUUGUGUAGAUUUCACUCAUUCACAUGAACUGGUGGCAAAAGUGGUAAACACAGGAAAUGAUUUUGGGGUGACUAUUUUACUGCGCUUUGAAGAUGCAAGAAAUCUGGAGAUAUAGUUGUGACAUGAUGUAUGUACUUAUAGAGGCAUUUUUAAUUUCUCUUUAAAGCUUUUGCUCUUUGUCUCUUGUUAGUUUUUAUAUCUUCACCAGCAGUGUACACCUGUACAGUGCAACUGAGUCCACUGGGAAAGGAUUUGGAAAUAAAUAAAAUAAUUCAGCAAUUAUUAAGAGAGGUAAAUGCAUAGUGGCAAUAUAAGUGCUGUUAAAAAUGUACUUUAAACUUUAAAAUCUAAAAUGACUGUUGCACUAAAGUGACCUGUGUGUCAUUUAGGUUCUGGGUUGCACUGUGUCUAUGUAUGGGAUGCACAUUUGGAUUGACAUUUUUUGUGGUUUGGGGCAAAUUGUUUAUAAUGGUCUUGUAGUUCUUGUUUUCACUCUAGAUUGUCAAUUAAAACAUUUGGUUUA